CCACCGGAGCAUCCUCGGCAUUCCCGCGGGAUCCGCUCCCACCGGAGCAUCCUCGGCAUUCCCGCGGGAUCCGCUCCCACCGGAGCAUCCUCGGCAUUCCCGCGGGAUCCGCUCCCAGCGGAGCAUCCUCGGCAUUCCCGGGGGAUCCGGUGCCAGCGGAGCAUCCUCGGCAUUCCCGGGGGAUCCGGUCCGGCCGGAGCAUCCUCGGCAUUCCCGCGGGAGCCGGUGCCACCGGAGGCUCCGCGGAGACUCCAGCGGAUCCGCUCCAGCCGCGGUCGGAGGCUCCGCGCGGCUCCCGCCGGCUCCGCUCCUGCCGGGGUUCGGUUCCGCCGCCGCUCCCGUCCCGCUCCCGCCAUGAGCUCCGCGCCCUGCCCCUCCCGGGAGCCGCCCCGGUACCUCAGCCAGGCGGAGGCGGAGGCCAUGGAGAAGGAGCUGCUGGAGGAUUAUCGCUUCGGGCGGCAGCAGCUGAUCGAGAUCUGGGGACACGCCUGUGCCGUGGCUGUCACCAAGGCGUUCCCGCUGCGCUCGCUGCGGCGCAGGCAGCCCACGCUGCUGGUGGCGUGCGGGCCGGCGCAGAACGGGGCCAUCGGGCUGGUGUGUGCCCGCCACCUGCGCAGCUUCGAUUACGAGCCCACCAUCUUCUACCCCAAGCGCUCCCCGGACCCGCUGCACCGCGACUUCACCACGCAGUGCGAGAAGAUGGACAUCCCCUUCCUGUCCUACCUGCCCGCCGAGGUGCAGCUCAUCAACGACGCCUACAACGCCGUGGUGGACGCGGUGCUGGGAGCGGAGGGGACCGAGGGGACCGCGGGGACGGAGCCGUGCGCGGCCAUCCUGGCCACCCUCAAGCACGUCCGCAUCCCCAUCGUCAGCCUGGAUGUCCCCUCAGGCUGGGCGGCCGGGCCGGGUGGCAGCGGUGACAUCAGCCCGGACGUGCUGGUGUCGCUGGCGGCCCCCAAGGAGGUGGCGCGGCGCUUCCAGGGACGGCGACAUUUCCUGGCCGGGCGCUUCGUGCCCGAGGAGCUGCGGCGCAAAUUUGGCCUCGGGCCCGCCGAGUACCCGGACAGCGACUGCGUGGUGGCCCUGUGACCCCAAAACCGCCCUGGGACCCCAAAAACCUCUGGGACCCCAAAACCACCCUGGGACCCCAAAUGCACCCCUGGGACCCCAAAACCCUACUGGUGGCCCUGGGACCCCAAAUAAAUCUCUGGUGGUGGCCGUGUGACCCCAAAUAAAGCAGUGGUGCCCUUGUGACCCCAAAUAAACUCCUGUGACCCCAAAACCCCUGCUGGUGGCCCUGGGACCCCAGAGAAACCUCUGGUGGCCCUGGGACCCCAAAUGCACCCCUGCAACCCCAAAUAAAGUCCUGGGGCCCCAAAUAAACCCUGCUGGUGGCCUUGUGACCCCAAAUAAAACAGUGGUGGCCCUGUGACGCCAAACACACCCCUGGUGGCCCUGUGACCCUAAAAAUGAAGUGGUGGUGGCCCCCGAAAUAAACCACUGGUGGCCCUGGGGACCUGGCCUGACCCCCCUG